AUGCCAACAUCCUCUAGAGGCUUUCAUAAUUCUUCAACUAUAUCUCAUGUUCCUGUGCUGGCCUGGGUUGCCCCUAAUUUGAAGCAGUCACUGAUUAGUGAUGCGCAAGCUGGUGUCAAUACCAUUAAACAUUCAUCUAGUUUCCGUGAUAAGGCUUUGCCUUCAGCACAUAAUGGAUUAAAUGCUAGACCUAGUGGAUCAUCUUAUCUGACACAAGAUCAAGUGUGGCCUGGUAUACUGGAAAUAAAGUCUUUUACAGUUCAAGCAGGACAAGGAGGCCUGCAUAUUACACAUCAACCUACUCAAGGCUUUGCAUUCUUACAUGCACCUUCUCUUUAUACCAAUCACAAUGAGAUUGGUAAGAGUGUGCAGAGGAUAUUGCAAUCGAAGGUUCUGGAUCACCCAAACUGGAUUCCUCCAUCAAGUGACUAUAUGAAUGCUUCUUUAAAUUGCCAGAUAUGCAAAAAUGUGAUCUCAGAUAUAGAAAGUUUGCUUGUCUGUGAUGCUUGUGAGAAAGGAAACCAUUUGAAAUGUCUUCAAUCUUAUGGAAGCAAAGACAUUCCUAAAGCAGAAUGGCAUUGCCCAAGCUGCUUGGCAUCAAGUAAUGGAAAGACCUUGCCACCCAAAUAUGGAAGGGUCACAAGAGCUCCUGUUCCAGCACCAAGAGCUGCUCCAAAUACAAGCAUCAAUGCUGCUUCUAAGAAAACAGAAGAUUUGGAUCCUAACACUAGUCGACGGAAAGCACUAGCCAACAACAAUUCUUAUGUGUCUCAACAUUCCAAUUCUUCAAAUUUGGGUGGUAGCCAUUAUGAUUCAAUGGUAAUUGGUGCUGAAAUGGAUUCGAGGACAAAUGUAGUUAAGAGAGACAAUGAAAAAUGUGAUGCAGUAGGUGAUCAUUUGGAGGAAACAAAUGGAUCUGUAUGUGCUAAUUCUGAUGCAUCUUGUGGGUAUCCCAACGAUAUUGAGAAUGAUAGUGGCUUCAAUUCUAGUUCUGAAACAGCAUGUAGAGUGGAGAUGAAUAGUUUCUGUAGCAUUUGA